AUGGCAAGACCGUUUGAGUUGGUGAAAGACAUCAAUGACAUAAAGGAGCUAUGGAAAGUAGCAGUGAGAGUCUAUCACAAAUGGACUGUUGUGUCCAAGAAUAAGGAGCAUUUUGAGAUGUUAUUGUGUGAUAAAGAAGGAUCUGAUAUACAUUGUAGAGUUCCUACAAUGUAUAAACAAACUUUUGAUUCAGUCUUGACAGUCAAUGGGAAUUCAACAUUUACUUUUAGGCAUUUGGCCUUCAAUGGUGAAGUGAAUAUGACAGCAUUUGAGGUUCAGAGUACAAAAAUUACAGGAAUCUUGCUGGAUGACUUACAUGUUUCUGAAGAUCUUACUGCUGUUUCCGAAGUACUUGAAGUUUAUGUGGAGAAGGUAAUGCAGAACAUUCAGAAGAUUACAUUCCCUGGCGAAGCUAAUGAAGCACCAAACACAAUUACUGGGGAUAUCUUAGAAACCACUUGA